GUCUUCACGAAUCCUCGGGUUCAUCACAAGGAAUUACUGGGGGGCAUCCCAGGCUACUUAGAGAGAGCUACCAUUACAUACUGAAGCUACUACUAGGGUUGAUCUCACAGCUUCUCUUCGUGAGAUCAAAGGCGGUGAAUGGGUUAUCUAACGUCAUCUGAAGAACAAGUUCACUUUGCAUGGUUUCAGUAUCUCAGCAAAGUAAUCGAUGACCUAUAAUAAUGGACUCUCUUCGUCUCUAUAUCCUGACAUUCAAUUGUGCCCGCAAUGUCAUCGAUGUCGAUCAUUUUUCCCAACACUUUUUUGAUGCCUUGCCCCUCGGCCAUGAUUCUACUUCCUCUGCUCCGCCCGACAUCCUUGUGCUGUGUCUUCAGGAGAUCGCGCCUAUCGCCUAUGCUUUCCUCGGGGGGUCGUUCUUGACUCCAUACUUUGUAGCUUUUGCGCAGAUGGUAGACCGCGCAGCAGCCAGCCGGUGGGGUUCCAAUUAUGUUAAUAUGGUGACGGAUAACAGUGGUAUGACGGGGCUGAUGGUGUUUGCGCGGACGGAUAUCGCAGACCAGAUAUCAUCAAUUGACGUCGCUCGAGUAGGAUUUGGUGUCCAGGAAGUAGGCAACAAGGGAGCAGUCGGCGCGAGGCUGUCUUACACAUCCCCAGAAUCACCGCAAGUUGGUGCGGACUUGACCUUUAUCGCAGCGCACUUGGCGCCCAUGGAAUACGCCGUUGCGCAAAGGAACGCAGAUUGGCGUAGCAUAGUCGAGAGGCUAGUAUUCAGCGACUCUGAGGUUGCGGAAACUGGGAUUAUGCAGGAGGAAGAUGAUUCAGAGAGCGCGGCAUUAUUGGCAAAUUCCGCGUCGCGUCCACCCCCCGAAUACCAGGGUAUUUUUACACCUACGAGUUAUCUUUUCCUCGGCGGUGAUCUCAACUACCGCACAUCCGACACAUCACCGAAGAAAGAGGACUCUUUAUCAUUUCCCCGGGCAACCGCGGACCCCAGCAGCCCACUACACCAUUCAUAUCUGUUGGGAAGGGACCAGCUCAAGCGUGAAAUGGAGCAGUCUCAGUGCUUCCAAGGGCUCUCAGAAGCUCCGAUUACAUUUCCUCCGACCUAUAAGUAUACUGAGGAGGCGCGUGAGGCUGCGCGUGAUAUUUCAUCCGGAAAUAAGGCCGAGGAAUGGAAGUGGACGAGGAGUCGAUGGCCGAGCUGGUGUGACCGUGUGCUGUAUCUCACGCAUCCGCCAGCCCUAGGGGAGCAAGCCAAGGUCAAUGUCCUAAGCUAUAACUCCCUACCAGUCUUUCCCACAUCCGAUCACCGUGCUGUUGGCUUCGCCGCAUGCGUCCCUAUUUCCAGGGUCGAGCCUACAACCGAUGGACAGUUCGUUAUUCCGUUUCCAAUUGAUCCAGAAUGGGAACGCAAGAGAGCUACAGCUCGAAGAAAAGAAUUUCUGGUGGGUUGCUUGGUAUACCUUGCAUGGACUUGGGAAGGUAACCUCCUGGUGGGGGCCUCGACGAUUGGAGCUGUUGGGAUUUGGUUUGUGAUUCGCUCGUUUUUCAAUGCAUGAAGAGACAUGCCGUUGAGUGAUUUCAUGUUUUCUUUUCUCCUUGAGCGGGCUCUUUUGCGGAACACCCUUCCGCGCCUACAAUCCAGGGCGCCACCCGGCGAGUACAUCCGAAUAGUACCGUCAUAAUGUUUUCUUCCACCUACAGAAGACUUGCCCCAAUGUUGCCGUUUGAAGCAUGAAUUAUA